AAGACAUAAUUGUACGUUUUCCUUGCACUUCGAUUCAUUUGGGUGAUUGACGUCCGGUCGCCUGAUCUGGCAAAAGGACAAACGAACUACAGUGAAAUUGCGUGUUGGAAAGUGCUUUUCUCCGUUUCCUUAAGUGUGUACAUUUAGAGUACGACAGCUACUUGCAUGCUUUCACUAGCUAGAGCAGUUUAUUUCACAACUAAUGGUGCUUCAGUUCGGACGUUUAAUCGGUGUUUUGGUGUAAUUGUUAAGCGCCCCAAUAGGCCAGUUGAGAACUUUGAAAGACUUAUACGGUGUUUCGUUUCGCCCUCGAAAGCAUUUUCGCAACUUUCCGGAAUGGUUAAGCAAGGUCCACGUCCGCUCGUAAUCUGCGGCCCGUCCGGGUCCGGCAAGAGCACCCUGCUGAAGAAGCUGUUCAAGGAAUUCCCCGAAACGUUUGGAUUCAGCGUGUCGCACACCACCCGAAAGCCAAGACCCGGAGAGGAGAACGGCGUGCACUAUCACUUUGUCUCUGUGGAAGAAAUGCAGGCCGCCAUCGAAAACGGAGAGUUCAUCGAAACUGCCGUUUUUAGUGGGAACAUGUAUGGCACGAGUAAAAAAGCAGUGGAAAAUGUGCAACAACAGGGUAAGGUGUGCGUGUUGGACAUCGAAAUCGAAGGAGUCAAACAGGUGCGCAAUUCCGAUCGGUUAAACCCGCUGCUGGUGUUUGUCAAUCCUCCCUCGGUGGCGGAACUCGAGCGCAGACUUCGCGGUCGUCAGACUGAGACAGAGGAGAGCUUACAGAAGCGUCUGAAUACGGCGCGGGUUGAAAUUGAGUAUGGUUCCACUCCGGGCAACUUCGACAUCGUGGUCCACAAUAACAACUUGAAGCAAGCGUACGCCGAUCUGCGGGACUUCAUCGUCCGGGAGCUGGAAACCCAACAGAAUCAAGGUAUCAACGUCAGUUUGAUCCGUGUGGCCAUGAAUGAAGACUAAACCCGUUUUGCUUCCCCCUUUGCUGUUUGAUGAUUGUUGAGUGCAUUUAUCCCGCUGCCGGCAGGAUCCGCCAGAACGACGGAACGUCGAUUUUCUCCCACUUUUAACUAACCCUAAACUUACAUUUACGCAAAGAAAGUUGAAACCAUUUCCCUCUAAUGUCGAAACAGUACCUAACUAUGAUUGUAUUUUGUAACGUGCAUCAUUCCACUUUUUACGAAAGAUUGUAACUUCUAUGGAAUAAUUCAACCAUGGUGCUAAGAAUCUAGUUCAACAGUUUUUCUCGCAUCAGGACGACGUGGUAAUACCAUUUCGAUAAGAAUUGAUAUGAUGAUUAGGCAUUGAUAUUAGACAUUACGCGGUCUCGGGUUCAGUGAGAUCAAUUAGAUUAAGUGUUUAGAGCAAUAUAGUUCGAUCGAAUUUAUAUUUUCAAUCAAUAAGGCAGUAGCUUUUACUAUUUUCCAUUUUUUGUUGCUGGUAUCUAAACAUUCCGUUUGCAUUUUGUUUUAAUACUUUCUUUUUAGAAGUCAGUUUCACCUUACUUUACUUUCCUAACACUCUGACGUUAACUCAAAAUAACUGUGCGAGCGAUAUAAUGAGAGCUGAGGUGUUUUUUGUGCUAACUGGCAUUUAUAGUAAUGGCAUUUCACGUGCGUACUUUGCUGCUGGUUGCUUCCCUCAAGAUGCAACCGAUGAUCCUGAAACAACUAUUGCUCCGUCAACAGUCGGUGAAAUUGCUAACCAUUACCCCUCUAUUUACACUAAUAACCAUUCAAUUUGCAAGCAUUCCGCUAAUUCUGAUUACCACCUCUGCUGUAAUGAUGCUGGAUGAUUUCUGUAAAUAAUGCUUGUUAAUCUCUGCAAUACGACAGCCAGACAACGGUCAUGGAUUUAACCCUUUCAUGUCUUCAAUAUGAGAACUAGUUGAUCAAAAAUGAUGUCGAAAUAAUCGAAUCACAUAUACGGGGAUUGAAAGGGUCAAACCGCAAGCUACGUCUUUACAAGUUGAGCAGUCCGUUGAAAAUUUGCUGUUGGUGCUACAUUCAUUUAGUGCUGUUGGAAUGCAAUCAAUUAAUUGCUUUAAUUACAGGGCAGCCAAUUGCCAGUUUGCUUUUUACACCUUCAUUUACCUAAGUUUCUCUUCUUUUUUUCUUUCUUUCGUUUCUCUCUGUACACUUACAAACACUAUCAUUACUGAAUGUUGGUCGAUCGGAUAUUGAUGGCUACUGCCACGCGCUUCCACAUUUCCUCUCAUUCGUUAUUAUCGAUUACAACAACAGACAACUUCUUCAUAUCUUCCAUAAUCACAGGAUAUAAAGGCUAUGAAGUGUAAACGCCUCAUUAGCCCUUCCUUCAAAUUGCCCCUCGAGAAAUGGGGGCGGAUGGCACGUGCACUCCAAGGACGUCAAUCCCUAUAAUUUAUGCCAAUAUUGCUUUUCGUGUAACACACAUUCAUGUACACACCCACAAAACCCUUUACAUGCCCCCUAUUUAGCUCUUUAGUGGACGUAGAAUUCUGAGAACUAAGAUAGUGAUCAAACCUGCACUGAUGAACUACUGUCAAACACUGCUUCGAACGUGAAAGCACUUGGAGUAUCUGCAAGGGCAAAGUACGAAGAUAGUUAAGAUUACGAAGCUUAGUUGCUUUCGUUGUAAUUCUUAAUUUGAGGUUUUGUACGCCCCACUUGUACGCUUUUUAAUGUGCUAUUCUACCCCACUAUCACUAUUAAUGUAACGGUGAAGCUUUUAUUUGUAAACCAAAUGACGAAACAAUACACCGAAGGAAAGCAGUUAGUAUUACGGAACCUGACGCCAAGGACAAAAUUCCAACCGCCGUGGUUGUUUACCUGUCAAUCUGAUAUGUCAUAUUAUCAUUAGGUUUUACUUUUCCGAUGAAUUUUUUGUACCACUUUACACAAUUAUAAUACUAUAGAAUGCAAACAUAUUCAAAUUGAUCCGAUCUAGUUUUAAGUGUUGUAGGUCGUAGAAAUGAAUGUCGUCGUCUUCGUUGUUCUGUAGCAACGAGAUGAAAAGGAUACAAAUCCAGUCUGAAAGCAUGAUUAUUGAUAUGAGUUAAAUGAAAUAAAUGAUUAUAUGCUUCUAGAUAAUGUUAGACAAUGCAUGA